UUUAUACGUCUAGAUAGACUGUGACGACGUGGAUAAAAAAUGAGGUGACAGUUAACCUCUAUUUUCAGCUAUGCACGCACACUAACUCAAAUUGAUAUAUAAAUCGAGACGUAGCUUGUCACGCACACUAAAGUAAUAAACCUGACCUGUUUUAUGCCUCUAUCUAGACGUAUAAAUUGUCUAAGGAAUUCUGAUGUAUCUCUAUAGUCAGCGCAAGUGUAAAACUGAUGCAGGACAAUGUUGAUUGGAUGACUGUGUGGAUGGUGGUUCAGAGAUGGCGCUAUGGAUGGGCAGUGGCUACCGGGGGGGUGGCGAGGUCCUGGCUGUGCCUGGGGCCACUGUCCUGUCAAACAACACCUCGAUGGAAUCAGGCAUCGAAGCAGGAGUGCUCCCGACGGUCACAGGAUCCCUGGCGUCUGCUCGGGACUCACUCGGCUCCUUAUCAAGACCCGCCGAACAAGUUUAUGACACAGAUCACACCGACCUCGGCAGCGAGCUCGACGAAGCGGAAAUACGACGGGAGUUGAUGCACGAUAAAUGGCGGCUACUUUUUGACAGGUUUGAUCCUGAGGGUUUCGGGGAGAUACCGUGGUCGGAUUUCUUGCAAACACUACGACAUCCGGACUUCAUAGCGCAGGUGCCGCUUCAUAAACGUGAGAUACUGCUCGACAAGGCAUGCAACUCAUGCAGCCCUGCCAUAACCUUCCAAGAAUUCGUGAAUGUGAUGAGCGGCAAACGAACCCGGAGCUAUAGAUGUGCAGUUCACGAGAGAGAUAGAGAAGUCAGCUCGGAGAACGACUUCCGUUUACUCCUCGAGGAUCCGACUUUAUUCGCCAGGAUGGUUCAUUUAGUAGCAAUGGAAGUGCUCCCGGAGGAGAGGGAUCGCAAGUAUUAUCAAGAGCGAUAUACAUGCUGCCCGCCGCCGCUUUUCAUCAUAUUUGUCACAUUAUUAGAGCUGGGUGUGUUCGCAUGGUACGCGUGGGGUACAGGCGGGGUGGCAGCGGCUGCCGGUCCAGUGCCGGUAGACUCGCCGCUUGUGUACCGCCCUGACCGCCGGAAGGAGCUCUGGCGGUUCCUCACCUACAGCGUCGUCCACGCGGGCUGGCUGCACCUGUCCUUCAACCUGCUCGUCCAACUUGCGGUGGGUCUGCCGCUGGAGAUGGUGCACGGUGCGGUGCGUUGCGGCGCGGUGUACGUGGCUGGCGUACUUGGUGGGUCGCUAGCCGCGUCCGUGCUCGACCCCGACGUGUGCUUGGCGGGCGCAUCCGGUGGCGUGUACGCGCUAUUGGCCGCGCACUUGGCGAACGCGCUUCUCAACUACCACGCCAUGCGCUACGGCGCCGUGCGCUUAGUGGCCGCACUGGCCGUCGCCUCCUGCGAUGUCGGUUUCGCGGUCCACGCUCGCUACACUAAAGAAGCGCCGCCGGUGUCGUACGCGGCACACGUGGCGGGUGCUCUAGCCGGGCUCACCCUGGGACUGCUGGUACUGAAGCACGCGCAGCAGCGGCUGUGGGCUCGUCUGCUGUGGUGGGCAGCCCUGGGCGCAUACGCAGCCUGCACGCUGUUCGCGGUGCUCUACAACGUGUGCAGCACGCCACCUGCUGAGCUCCACUACCUGCCGCCUGACCCCCCCUACCCGCCGCCUGACGCGGGCUACUAACGCGCUUGCAAAUCUGUUCACUACACGCUUUAUAUAGUUCCCGCCACGUAAAAAGACCAUUGACGUAGACCAAACAAUGGGGCGGUAUACUCAGAGGUAAAACGUCAACGACAUGUUCGCCGCUCCACAAAUACAAUCACGGGUCAUGGGUGUUAUUUGAUUAAAUUUGUUCGUGGCUGUAAUGUACACUCAGUGGCCAUUUAACGUGGCGCGAGCUAUACCAUGACGGUACUUUGAAAAGUAUGAUUAUACUAUACCCUUUCAUCACCGACCGUCCUUAAGAAUAGGGGGCACAGUUCAUAGUGCGAUCACGGUACGGUGUAGUUGGUAUACUCUGCCCGACUGGCUUCUGUUUUGAUGGAUGCGCACGUGUGAAAGUUCACUCGCACUAACAAUAAUUAGUGUGUAUAAACAUUCUGGAAGCACGCUUCGGUGUUUAAGGGUACCGUUAGUUGAUGCGUCCUAUUCCCCUGUACCACUCACCUCUGAUGUAACCUAUCUAUAUAAACAAUACAACAAGACAUGUGUCUAAUCGCUUAUUCUCAUAUUAUUUUUUGUUAUACUUCUCAUACUUACGGCCUAAGAUGCGAUGGCACGACUUACAAAAUUUUUGGAACGUUUACUGACCUCUGAUACACAUUUUAAUAGACGAAACCAAACUUAAAUACAUUAAAGCACAUUUUGCGGGUAGUCAUAAAAUCAGGAGCGGCCAUGUUUUUUUCUUCCAAUUCGACAGUAAUAAUUAUAUUAGGACCGUAGCUUACUUUCCGGUCGCACUUUCAGGCUUGUAAAUUAUAACUGCAUUAAAUUCAACAAUCUUCCAAAAUAACGCUAUGUCUCUUUUUGUGGAGAUCUGAGUGGCCCAAUAAAUGUUUAAAAAAAUCUCGUUUCAUAUAUAUCGGGGAAAUGUAAUUUAAUAGAUACUACAUAAUAUACUUUAUUGUUCACUUGUGAAACAGUCCUAAUUUAUUUUUAAUAUCUCAUUUGAACAUUUGUUUAUGUCUUCAGUAACUCAAACACUAUAUAAUUAAUUACCAUCAUUUAUUUCUUAUACAACUCUUUCUUCAAUUAAUUGACCCUCUUAAAAAGAAAUAUCAAGCGUCAUCCAUACAUAAGCGGCUUGCGGUUGUGAAAAAUAAAACUUUUAUAACGGCUUCGUACUAAACACCGCACGCCACCUUUGUCUGGUGUACGUCUAAUAAGCACAUGUUAACCUUUCUCAUAUAGUAAAUAGUAGAUUAUUGUCUGUCGUGUUAUAACAGAGGUGAAUGCAUCAUACAGAGCUUUGCCUUAAAGACAAUUUGUAAAUAUUUUUCACUCAAAGCCUCUGUCACGGACCGCGUGGCCGACUCACAACACGCCUAGUCAAUUUACCUUAGUGUUAUACGUGAUAAGUAAUUAAUAAUUGGAGGGUGGCUCGUUUCACUUCGUAUUAAGCCGGCUUCCUACUGUCAUGCAAGUGCAGCAGUGUGUGGCCGGCUUGUUGUUGUUAACAGAGCUUUUGCAGUAGCAAGUUGAGCUAUUGUUAUAAAAUAGUCUGCACAGUUUUUGUUCCACGACGCCCCCUCGCGAUAUUUAAGUAUUAAGUAGUGUUAUAUUAUUGUAUAGGUGAACUAUUUUUGUAUCUGCCGCCGAUGUCCGUAGCUGUAAAGGCGUUACCGUCAACUGUUUAGUUCAGUCGUUUGGGUUUGUAAAUGUCGGGACUUUUGUUUUUAUUUCACUUCCAAAUCUCUGUUGCAAACUCUUAACAAUAUUGGAAACGGCGACUCACAUAAAUACUAGAAAUUGUAAUAUUAGUAGUUUUCGAACUAAAAAUUACCAUUGAAACUUUACAUGUAAACCUUGUAUUAAGAACCAAACGACUGUACUAGAUUCCAUGUUGUGCCUUGGCCCCUAGACGUCGUCUAUUCAACGCUUAACAGACUGUUAAUUAUAAACUUACUGAUUAUAUUUGUAUAAUACUUGAAUGAGACAUCUAGCGUCCAUGUCACAAACUUUGUACUCAUGAAGCUCAGCAAACACCUGUCCACACAUUGCAGGUGACAUUUAUAUAUUGUCUUCUCUGUUUUAACACUACUCUUUGUAUUGCAAUAAAAGAGCUGGCAAUACACAAAUGUCUUUUGCAAUAGUGUAGCUGUUGCUUCAUCGUUGUGCCUUUCACACCAAAGAUUAGAAUAAAAUGGCGUCCAGUACACACUAGUGGAAGUAACAUUGUAAAUAAAGUAAUUUCAUACGUAUAAUGAUUGCUCAUCGCAAUGUUGAUUUGUGAACCGCAUAAUAUUUUUUGUUUGCUCAAACGCAACGAUGUUUUUUAAUAUCUAAUUGUGCUCAAAAGUGAGUUUUUAUUUUGUGGGAUCAAUAAUUUUAUUCGCUCAAUUAGGCUUUGUACAGACUGAAGUUUUUAACAAGUAUUUGUUAGCUAAUUUGUUGGGUAUGUAUUGAUUAGUCUGUACAUGGCACAAGGAAUAUUCGUAUACCUUUGACAGGUAUUAUCGUAUACCUUUGACAGCUAUUAUCGUAUACCUUUGAGUAUUAUCGUAUACCUUUGACAGGUAUUAUCGUAUACCUUUGACAGGUAUUAGCAAAUGUCCACUAUUGAAUAAUAGAUUUUAUAAUGUGCCUGAUUCCUAUUAAUGUAAAUUUUAAUGAUUGUAUUGUUUUAAUUCUAAUCAAAUAAUGUCAGAUACCGACUGAAUUUUUGUAUAUUGCAGAGUGUUUCUUUUAAUUUAUUUAAAAUUUUAUUUUUAAGUGUGAAUCAAGAUAAUUCUU